AUGGGAUCGAUUGCCCAAUUUCUCAUACAGGGAAGGCUCCAGAAAGCACGCCUGUCCGAACAUGCAAGCUACCAAAGGACGACGCGCUUUCCCCAACACCCUGGAGUACGUCCUGCGAAAGCGAUGAUCGCGCGAGAGGAACCUCCAGGUUCGUCGCGAGACCUUAUGAGACAUCGGAAGCAGGCAACUAUCCAGAACAGUGGAGGGGAUGAGGCUUUUCAUGUUCGAUCCAGGUUUCACAGAGAGCCCGACCCAGCGGCGAUGAGCACGACUGAGAUUGCCAUUGCCAGCCCAAGACACGUCAUCGAAUGUAUGAGAUACUGCGAGCCCAACAUAUCACUUGAAUGCCCGGAAGUAGAGGAAUUCUACAAGCUAGGGGACGAAGAAGUGAUGAAAGAUGAGAUCUGGUUUGCUUUGACACCGAUUGCCCACUUCUGGAAUCCUAACGCAGCGGAGGAGGCGAACCGCAUCGUAACAAACAAUCGGUUCGACUGUUUAUUGGUUAUCGGAAUCUGUCGUAACAAUGCCGGCUUCAACCUUCAUAUGAUUCAGAACUACUGUUCGGUCCCUACGCACGAGCCUUGGAGAUUGGGUGAGAAUACGCUGGAUCGAUUGCUAACAAGCAACGACUGGAUUGGCAUUGAGGAUGGCCUCCAACCAGACAGGGCUCAUCUCGCUAUCGGUCGUGUUUUCCACCUUGGGUACCGUGUUCUCCACCGGACUCAAUCAGCGGCUGAGUAUCAGGGGAUCAUCGUCAUCGGAGCUUAUUCAUCACAUUACAAAUUUAAAUUACUCAGGAUGGUCGAUCGCGUCAUCUUGUACGAAGAUGUCACGACGAUGCUAGAAUUCAUCACCGACAAACCUUUAAGGCUUUCCUAG